GAAGUUCUAAACUGAAAGGAGAGGUGGUUCUCUUGGCUUGGAAGCGAUCUGAAGCCACUUGUUAGCUGUCUGCGAUGUAGGGGCAAAAUGCAUGAUAGCAAUUGUGUGGAGAAAGCCUGUGUGCCGGUGGAAUUGCUGAGAAACCCAAAUUACCUGCCUUCAAAAAAGCAUUCUACUAAAGUUAAACCAAAUAGAGCCUUUUCCUUCAUCAUCGCGUGUUUCAUACUUAUAUUGAGUGGAAUAAUUAUAUAUGUUGUAGUAACUAGAAGAAAACCCCAUCAAAUACUGCCAGAGUGCCUUGAAGCUGCAUGCCCAGAAAACUGGAUUGGUUUCCAAAGAAAGUGUUUCUAUUUUUCUGAUGACAUCAAAAAUUGGACAUUCAGCCAGAGGUUUUGUGUCUCACACGGCGCUGAUCUUGUUCAGAUUGAAACCGUCCAGGAACUGGGUUUCCUGUUGCGGUAUAAAGGCCCCUCUGACCACUGGAUUGGGCUCAGCAGAGAAGAAGGCCAACCAUGGAAAUGGAUAAAUGGCACUGAAUGGACCAGCUGUUUUCCUAUCAGAGGAGGAGGAGAGUGUGCCUAUUUGAAUGACAACGGUGCCAGUAGUGCUAGGCACUACACGGAGAGAAAGUGGAUCUGUGCCAAAGAGGACACAUACACCAAGAUCAGGAGGCAAAAUGCAACGUAACUCUUCCCUUGUGAAUUGCACUCCUUCCCGAAUGUGUCUUAGCUCUGACAGUGUGGAGCCUGCUGCGGAUUCUCUCUCUUGCUCCCCAUCAAAAAGAAACAUUAUAAAAAAUGAGCACCCAGAGAGACUGCCACAUAUAAUUGCUUUGUAUCCAGGUGCUGUUGUGUUACUCAACUUUGUAACUUUUCUCCGAAAACCCCGAGCAACCCAAAAAGCUUUCCUUCUAGAAUCCUCAUUGAGAGAAUAAAAGCGGUUUCUUUUGUAUAUAA